UGAAUUAGAUGUGUCCCACACAUCUCCUGUCUCCGUGAAGAUGGCGCAGAGAAAUCGGAGUGCCCAGAGCCUAUUCCCAGGAAUGGCUGGUAAUAGCAGCAUCCAGUUCAUGGGACUCCAGCUCCUUCAUUCCUACAAGCCACUCAUCAUUCCCUGCUACUCAUUGGUGGUCUUCAUUGGCAUCAUCGGAAAUUAUCUUCUCAUCUAUGUCAUCUGCAAGACCAAGAAAAUGCACAAUGUCACCAACUUCCUGGUGGGCAACCUGGCCUUUUCUGACAUGCUGAUGUGUGCCACCUGUGUGCCCCUCACUCUGGCAUAUGCCUUUGAGCCCCAGGGGUGGGUGUUUGGGCACUUCAUGUGCUAUUUUGUGUAUUUAAUGCAGCCUGUGACAGUGUACGUCUCUGUCUUCACCUUGACAGUGAUAUCAGUGGACAGAUACCAUGCCACUGUCUACCCACUGAGGAGAAGACUCACCAUCCCUACCUGUGCCUACAUCUUGGCCGCAAUCUGGCUGGUUAGUUGUCUGAUGGCCACCCCAGCUUUGGUUCACACAUACCAUGUUGAAUUCCCUGAUCUAGACUUCUCCAUCUGUGAAGAGUUUUGGUUUGGGAUGGAGAAGAAGCGCCUUGCCUAUGCAUACAGCACACUCGUUCUCACCUACGCUCUUCCUCUUAUUGUCAUCUCCUUGUCUUAUUUGAGAAUCUCCGUCAAGCUGAAGAACCGGGUGGUCCCUGGGAAUAUCACCUAUAUCCAGGCAGAGUGGGACCGAGCGCGAAGGAGAAAAACAUUCCGUCUUUUGGUGUUGGUGGUUGGGGCCUUUGGGGUCUGCUGGCUGCCUUUACAUAUAUUUAAUAUUAUGAAAGAUAUUGACAUUGACCUCAUUGACAAGCAGUACUUCAAUCUAGUGCAACUGCUGUGCCACUGGUUUGCCAUGAUGUCUGCAUGUACCAACUCCUUCCUUUAUGCCUGGCUACAUGACAGCUUUAGAGGGGCACUUAGGAAGAUGUUCCUGUGGAGAAAGCGAAGGAUUAGACCCUCUGCGCCCUUUGUACUGAGCGUGGUCUUGUAACUGAACCCAGUUGGGUUGUAAGUGCCUGCUAGAUGUAUACAGCCUCAAUGACUACUGUGAGCACUCCCAUUUAAAAAUUAAAUAAACUGGCUCUCCCUCUUCUCUUUCCUAAAGCCACCAGAGGAGCACUGCCUGCUCGCUACACUAGCCACCAGAGGAGCCCUGCCUGCUCUCUACACUAGCCACCAGAGAAGCACUGCCUGCUCUCUACACUAGCCACCAGAGGAGCACUGCCUGCUCGCUACACUUACCACCAGAGGAGCACUGCCUGCUCUCUACACUAGCCACCAGAGGAGCACUGCCUGCUCGCUACACUAACCACCAGAGGAGCACUGCCUGCUCGCUACACUAACCACCAGAGGAGCACUGCCUGCUCGCUACACUAACCACCAGAGGAGCACUGCCUGCUCUCUACACUAGCCAACAGAGAAGCACUGCCUGCUCUCUACGCUAGCCACCAGAGGAGCACUGCCUGCUCGCUACACUA